CUGUCAAAGAGCAAAAGCAGUGGUCAACACUCUCACAGACAAUACCACUUGUUCAGUUUUCUCACUUUCAGAUCCGAUUUUGCCAUCAAAUGUGUUUUAGUGUUCAACAGCUGCACUGAGGAAGAAAAAAAAAACCAAAAAACCACAUGCAAAAUGACAAUGUUUUAGGCAAAGAGGAACUGUCCUGGGAGGAUAUAGGGUGCGGUUUGUUUCAGAAACUUAGGAGCCUGCUGGCACAAACAGGUCUGCACAGUAGGAGAGUAAGGCUAGCCUCCAGUAAUGGAUAUAUUUGGGACACUCACUCGGCUCUUCAUUGCAGUUGCACUGCUUGGUGAUGUGUGUCACUGCUGGGAAGCGUACGUGCAGGGACCAGUCAAAGCCGUCAGGGGCAGCUGCGUGUUGGUGCCGUGCAACACUGUAACUUACACGAAUGUCAAGUGGUACGCAUAUAGAAGAAUGAGCUACCCAGUUGUGUACUCCAACGACCGCAGCGAGAUAAUGGAUGAGUUUAAAGGAAGGACAUCAGUCCCAAAUGCACUAAACGGAAACUGCACUUUAAAGAUUGACAACGUCCGGCAACAAGACAGCGAGGUGGACCUGUACGUAUGGAUCUGGAAAUAUGGUGGGGAAGAUAAAGGAUUUUAUGACAGAACCAUCAAAAUAAAUAUAUUGGAUCCCGUGCGACCUCAUAUGUCUGUGGCCAACACACAGGUCGAGGGGAAGCCUUUCACCGCAACAUGCAGAUUCCGCCAUUCCUGCCCCUCAGCUCCACCACAGAUGUCCUGGCAGGGUUUGAGUUCCACUUCUAAUGUAUUGACCCACAGGAAGGACGUGGAGGGAUUAUGGGAAACUGAGGCCACUGCUACGUUCAGAGUAACUCGCCAAAACCAGGGCGCACGUCUCAGCUGCAGGACCGUUCUCAGUGGACAAACUUUAGAGAGUGGUUCCGUUUCGCUCGACAUCUCAUACGCUCCCACAGAUGUGAAAAUAGAUUACAUAGGACGUACCAGUGUAGUUGAGGGUGAGAAGAUCUCACUUCAAUGUACUAGCAAGGGCAAGCCUCAACCCACUGCCUAUGAGUGGCUCGUCACCCAAAACAGCAACACUAUCCGCCUCAAAGGAAGUACUGUCCUCCUUCAAGAUGUCAGACGACGCACGUCCGUUUCCUGCAUCGCCACUAACUCCGUCGGACAUGGUGAAUCAAAGCAGCUAUCACUGGAUGUCCAUUAUGCCCCCAUGGAUGUGAAAGUAGAUUACACAGAGAACACCACGGUGCUCGAGGGUAACGAGAUCUCACUUAGAUGUGUCAGCGAUAGCAGGCCUACACCCACACACUAUGAGUGGCUCGUCACCCAGAACAACACCACCAGGCACUACAAAGUACGUACUCUUGUCCUUCGAGAUGUGAGAAGAGACACGUCGGUCUCCUGCAUCGCCACUAACACCAUCGGACGCGGUGAAUCAAAGCAGUUAUCGCUCAAUGUCCAUUAUUCUCCAUCGAUCGUGCAAGGCUUAUUUUGCUCCAUGCAGAACAGAAAACUACAGUGUGUGUGUCAAGCAGAGGCCAAGCCAAGUGCUGUCAUCUCUUGGACCGUAGAUGGCAGCAGUGAGGUUUUUCCACCCUUCAACACCACGACUCAGCACAAUGGAAGCAUGACGGUGUCAGAGUUGACUGGACCGCAGGGCCACAACGUCACCUGUAUGGCGACAAAUGUUGUGGGCUCCGAAUUUACCCAGAUACUUGUCCAGUCUGAAGGGGAUACUUCAGCAGUGUUUGCGGUGGUUGGGGCGUCUGUCGGGGUGUGCGUCAUCUUAGGACUUGCUGUGACAGUGCUCAUGAUUUGGAAAAAGAGACGCCAUGCAGUGCCACGUGGAGGUCUCUCCACUGCCCAGCAUGUGACGGCUAAUAAAACGUGCCAUGACUACAGUUUGGAGUCAGAUGAAGACCUGUAUGUUAACGCAGUGCACGGUCAACAGGUUUAUGAAGAUCAGGACGCAGAGUCCUGUAUCUACCAGAAUUAUGAUAAAAGUUCCUGAAUCAUGAGGAAUCAACAUGGCAAUGCAUUUAACUGAGAACUUUUCCUUCACUGACGCAGUGGUCAUUUUAAAAUAGCUGAACUGAACAUUAAUUACAUUUACUUUCACACUGUACAAACUGUAUAUAUAUAUACAUAUACAUAUGUAUAUAUGUAUGUAUAUAUAUAUAUAUAUAUGUAUGCAGAGCACAGACUUUAUUUAUUAAUAUAUAAUACAUAAGCAGGCUUUUUGUAUUCAUUCAAUUGUAACUUUUGAGUAUGUACUUUUAAGUAUCUAUUUUUGUAUAUAUGAUAAAACCUGAAAUGAAGUAUCGUUAAACAAAGAACGGCUCUCUUGUCUUAACACGAAUACAGAGAGGGGGAAAAAUACUAACGCUGUACUGAACCAUGUCUUAUUUGAACUGAAUUAAAACACCACUUUAAGAUC